AUGAAGGAAGAAUUCAUCGAGUUCGAUCCCUCAAUAACGGACAAGCGAACAUUCUAUUCCACGUUUCUAUCCAACUACAACCCUCCGGUUCAAGCAAUCAAUCAUUUUGCAUCGAUACCAUGGACCAAUAAGUGGUUAAGCAAUCCAGCAUAUAAAAUCAUCCCAUUUUGGUCCAGGCAUGUCAAGACAAGUGGAGAGGACACGUUCUUCGGCAACACGAUCAACACGACCGAAACCGUUCCACACUUCAUCAUGAUUCAGCUAAAGGACUUUAUCACACCAGAACCUAGUGAUGCAUCAUCGGGUACCAAAUUAGCUUCCGACGCCAACGCGCACAACAACAAUCCACCCAUCAAUCGCGGACCUGCCGAACUAAUAUUUCUACUGCAAUUCGGCGAACGGGGAGUGGACGGCCACCCUGGCGUCAUCCAUGGUGGCGUCAUCUGCGCACUACUCGACGAGACAAUGAGUGCGGUUAUCUCACAGCAUCUAGAUAAUGCGACGCCAAAACCUCGGGGCCAGAUUUUCACCGCCAAUCUGAACACGAGUUUCCGUGCCCCGGUCACAACUCCAGCUGCGGUCAUACUCAAGUGCUGGCUUGUCAGGAGAGAUAAACGUAAGUGGUUGACUAAAGGCCAGAUCGAGGACGAAAGCGGCAGGGUGCUUGCCGAGGCGAAUGCGAUAUGGGUUCUCGUGCCGGAGAAUAAAAUCUGA